AUUCAUUUUUUUUUUUUAUCUCACCCUUUCAGCCCCUGCCAUCUUGUCUCAUGUUUUCAUGAGCUCUCACCAUUGCUCAUCUCGGCUUCACACAGGAAGUGUCACGUUCUGCCCUGCUCCUCUUGCUGCCUCGCAUCUCAAAGUUUGGUCUCUUUCUCGCACACUCGAACUGUGUGCAGCAUUUUCCCCGCAGAGAAGAACCGUGGUUUGAGGUUUGGCUUUCUGAGCAUCGAGUGAUCCUCCCUAUCAGGUUCUUCUUUUUCUGUCUGUUUCACUGCAUCUCCUCUCAGAUGAUCCAUCUGUCAGCCACCUGCAGCUGUUGUUAUACAGCCACAACAUGAGCCUACGAAAACUGAGUUUCAAAUGGUUUGGUAGCCUCACCAACCUCACUUUCCGCCGCUCCACUGAAAAAUCAGACGCAAAGUCCAAGUCCAAAGAGGGAGCUGGAUCAGAGCUGAAGGAUGGCACUGAAUUUUGUGGUUCUGUCGCCGCAGCGAGCCUUGCUCCAGUUGUCGAGACCACAGUGGACGACAUGGAUGUCGUACGCCCUCGCACCUCCAGCUACGUCCGCUCCAGUGAGAGCUACACGCACAUGGGGACGCUGCCACGGCUACUGAGGAAGAAGAAAGACAAGAGUGAUAAAGGAGGCACAGGCAGCAGUAAGAAGAGUAAAGAGAAGAGCAACAUCAGCAGAAGUCAAAGCCAGCGACCUGCAUGUGGCCAAAUUCGUCAGCAAUGCCAGAUCACAGCUACGUCAUCAAAAGAGGCCGAGGAUGGCCCUGGAUAUAGAGCUGAACCUGGGUCUCACCAAAAUUAUCUCUGUGAUCCAAAUACCCAACAUGAGCCUUCAAUUGAAACUAAAAUCACAAAAACCCCAAGCGUCAUCUCUGAGCCUGAAGUUCCAGGUAAAGAUUUGUCUCCAUCUGGUGGCUCAAGUGCUGCUCUUCAACCUGUGACCUGUGUCAAGCAAGGGCUUGAGGAGGCUCCAAAACCUGUACCCUGUGAGGAGAAUGAUCAGACCCAGGAUCAUGGGGAUGAUGGUCUAGAUCUCAGGCCUGCACUCGAGCCAGAGGAGGAGGCAGAGAAUUUAAAGCAGACACAAGGGGUAGACAGAGGAAACCAACACCUCAACAACAGUAGCAGCAAUAUGGAGCCAGCUGAGAGCCAGACUGAGUAUGUCCAGUUCUCCAAGGAGAAGUACCUGCUGGAGUCACCUCCUGAGAAACUUCGUAAGGAGCUGGAGGAGGAGCUGAAACUAAGCGCUGCCGACAUCAGGAGCCAUGGCUGGUACCAUGGACACAUACCCAGAGAGGUGUCAGAGACUCUGGUUGUACGUAAUGGAGAUUUCCUGGUGCGCGACUCUCUGACCAGUGUGGGCGACUAUGUACUGACCUGUCGAUGGGAUAAUGAGGUGUUGCACUUUAAGAUCAGUAAGGUCCUGGUCAAAUCCAAUGAGACAAAGGUGCAGUAUGUCCUCGAGUCUGACAGUUUUGACUCAGUCCAGGAGCUGGUGAGGUUCUACGUGGGCCAACGUAAGCCCGUCUCCCAGUCCAGCGGGGUCCACAUCUACUGUCCCGUCAGCAGGACUCUCCCUCUGCGCUACCUGGAGGCCACGUUCGCUCUGGCCACUAGUAAGCAAGGCUCCGCCUACUCACCGUCCAGUCAGAGAGGCGCUUACAUCAAGAGAAGGAGCGUCACCAUGACUGACGGGCUGACAACGGAGAAGAUGAUACCUCACAGUGACUCAGACAGUCCCAGUCCAGUUCAGACGCCAGUGGCACCACCAGAACCAGAGCCGGAACCUGUGCCCGACUGCAGCCCGUCAACAAUUCACCACCACAAAGACGCAAUGCGGAACUGUGCGAUGAGCAUGGACCAAAUUCAGGAGUAUCGCUGCACCUUGUCACCUGUUGGGGAAACCCCGCUGUCUCCUGCAUACAGUGCAAUCACCAGGCAGAGAGCUCACUCAGGCGGGCGGCUCCUUGCCGUCAUCCCACCGUCCCCCGUGAUGCGGCGUUCCAGUGACCCUCAGCUCAGCCCCUCGGCAUGCGACAACCCACCAGAGCAUCCCGCGCACACCUCCCACUCUGCACACUCCUCGCCUGCCCAUCAUCCUAGCUACCAAUCGCAUUCAUCAGAAACAGCGGGGAGCUACUGUGACCUCAGACCGUGCCCCGCCGGGCCACCUAAACCCCCGACCAAGGGCUAUGUAGAGCGAUUGCGAGUGGAAGAAAGGAAGCAGAACGGAGGGAAGGAUGAGGGAGAGGGGAUGUUCAGCGCCCCACAGGUGGAGACGACAUCCUCGUUCAGGCCAUCUAGGUACGAGUCUCGCCUGAUGCCAGCUGAGAAUAAACCUCUGGAGAUGACAGUGCUGAAGAGAGUCAAAGAGCUGCUGGCAGAGGUGGAUGCAAGAACUGCAGCUAAACACAUCACCAUGGUGGACUGCACGGUGGCUAGAAUACUAGGCGUGACCUCAGAGAUGCAAAGGAUGAUGGGAGUGUCCUCAGGGUUGGAGUUGCUGACACUACCACAUGGACACCAGCUAAGACUUGACCUGCUAGAGAGAUUCUACACCAUGUCGAUCAUGAUGGCGGUGGACCUGCUGGGGUGCACAGGGAGCACUGAGGAGAGGGCUGCCCUGCUCCACAAGACCAUCCAGCUGGCAGCAGAGCUGAAAAGCAGCCUGGGCAACAUGUUUGGCUUUGCUGCUGUGAUGAGAGCCCUGGAGCUGCCACAGAUUUCCCGCCUGGAGCAGACAUGGGUGACAUUACGCCAGAGACACACAGAGGGCGCUAUUCUGUAUGAGAAGAAACUCAAACCUUUCAUGAAGAAUAUGAACGAUGGCAAAGAGUCAAGUGCUCUGUCCAACACCUCCUUUCCCCAUAUCAUCCCUGUGCUGUCCCUAUUGGAGCGAGGCAUGGCUCUCGGGGAGACUCUGGAGCCCUGGGAGAGCAGUGAGGUGGGAGUAGACGUCGUCAUGUACCACCUAGAGGCCGCCCGUACCAUCGCACAUCACGGGGGAAUCUACAGAAACAACACUGAGACCAAAAUGCAGGGUUUCAAGGAGCGAACAGAAAUACACGAGAUCUUCCAAACCGAGUUUCAGAUGCGUCUUCUGUGGGGCAGCCGCGGCUCUGAGGGCAGCCAAUCGGAGCGUUACGAAAAGUUCGACAAGGUCCUCACUGCCCUGUCACACAAGCUGGAGCCUCCAGUGCGCCACAGCGAGCUAUAGCACCUGAAAAACUGAGAGGGGGGGGCGGGGUGUGUGUGAAUGAAGAGGCAGCUAACAGAACGUGUGAAGAGAGCAAUAGGGAAACAAAGAAGAGGGUCUCACUUAUGAAACAUGUUGCACUCACUGUGGACUCCUCCUUCUGUUCCUCCAAGUGGACUUCCUCACUUAGCGCUAAAACAUUUGAAUCGUAUCAAAUGGGAGACGAGGUAUGUGGAAAGGAAGACGAGAGACUAAGAUGACCAGCUUCUCUGCUCGGUACAAACAGAAACCUGUGUACAGUGUGUCCCGAGGGCCAAACAGAGCUGCAGAUUUGGCUUUGCACCAAUAAAACAUGGACACUCUGGUGUUGCAAACAACUGCUGUCACACACUGUAGCAGAACUGAUAACAAUAACCUACAUAGCUCAUAUCGAUGUGUUGUCUGGGUGAGUGAGUAUCUGUAUGAGUGAGUUAACAUUCCUACAUUUUCCUACGUGAUAAAUGGUUCGUGGUUAUUUAUAUUUUCGGUCCUUUUUGAUUUGAAUAAUAUCUCAACAUCACAGACCAAACUCACAAGAAUGUGUCAGUGCUCAUUCUGUGGGAGCCAUCCUCAUAAAACCUCAUUAAAAAUGCAUCAAGCAGUCCAUUGAAUCCCAUUAAAAAUGUAUCAGGCUUGCAUUAAUAAAUAUACCAGAAAUGAAAUAUUUGCCAUAGCAAUGCAGAAACUUAAAUAUGAGGGCUUUGUGAGUGGUUAAAAAAAACAUAAAGUGGACAAAGCAACCCCACUUGUCUGUUGCUGUUUGACUAAAACAUUUGAUACUGUUUGUCGUGUGCACUAAAUCUAGCUCAAGUACAGCACUAUGUCCUAAAACAGCAUGUGUACUCUUUAAAUUAUGUUAAAGUAAUGUUUCACUUAGUAUAUACAAUUUAUGAACAUUUUGUGGUUGUGAUUUUGCAUUACUAAUUAAAAAGGUUAAUGCAUGUGGUUUUAAAUGUCAUACUAAGUGAAAUGCUGCUUAAACCUCAUUUAAAUAUAUCGGCUGUAUGCAGAUGAUAGAGUCAUCUCUGUUGUUAAUCUUACAUGAUACUGUACAGACAGAGAAAUCUUUUAUCUUUCAGUUGUUUAUGCAGAGUCAUGUCUGUGGUUAACUUGAAUCAUACUGAACACACUGAGAAAUCUGUGUGUGAAAAAAAAAAAAAAAAAAAAAAGUUGUCUUAUUUUCAGUGAAUGAAAAAAAGAAGUUCCCAAACUGAGCCAAAUAAGGAAAUGUUGACCACAUUCCUGCUCCAGAGAAUGUCUUCUGGGUGGAUGCUUUUAUUUUGUGUUGUAGCAAUAGAGCUAUUGCUGUGGGAUUACAUGUUGGUUUGACUGAUCUGUGUUCAGUCUUUGCUGUGUGUGCAGCACGUUGGGCCUGAGAGGGCUUGAGAGCCAACUCUCAGAGAUAUGCAAUCAUUUCAACCAAGGGCUGAGACCCCUGAGGAACAAUGUUCCCAGUCCCAAUGUUUGACGUUUUUUGCUCCCAAUAUUAUUUUAUUUUGAAAGACUCUAUCCCAUGUUCUUCCCAACUCAUUUCAGAUAUCAAUCAACCUGAAAUAAUUCUAAAACAAAAUAUCAUGUACUUUGGAGUAGUAUAUCAAAGAUCCUUAAAAGGAUGUCGAGUUAUCCUCUUUCUAACCCUCUGCCGUGAUCAUAUCUAAUGAAGAUCAGUUAAUGAGGUUAGAAGAUAUUAGCCAGUUCCCACUUUGAUCCAACAGGGGGCGAUCUCAAGUCAGCAAAAAUCACUUAAUCAUUAAUUGUAAUACAAAUGCACACAGGGAAAAAAAAUCAUGUUUAUUGUUUGUGAUUUGAGACCUAUGUUUGAUAUCAAGUGUCUUAUAUAAGACCUACUGGUUUAGGUUGGAUAUCUGGUAACACUGAUGGUGAAAAAGUGAUGAUGAUGAUAAUGUGAUAUGUUUUUUUUUAUUGUCCUCUGUUGAAUGAUGUACAGGAAUGCUCUGACUGUGUGGACUCUCCUGUUUUUCUUUUUUUACGACAGGACUGUGUGAGAUGAACGUGAAAAGCAGAAAGACAAGAAAUGUUUUUCGGACUGAUCUCAUGUGUUUUUUACGUACUGUACAUAGCAAUUCACUUUUUUUUUUUCAAAUAAACAAUUGCUUGUC